CGGGUUAAAGCGCGGCCGUCGGAGCGCGUACGCUAAAGUGGUCGCGGUGUGAUGACAACCACAGAGUGCCUGGCUGGUGCUGCCUGCGAGGCGCUGCUCGACGCCAACAUGGGGGAGGAGAAGGAGGUGGUUUUCAGGCGCGGCUGCGGACAGAGUGAUGACUCGGACAUCUGGGACGACACAGCUCUGAUCAAAGCGUACGAUAAGGCGGUGACCUCGUUUAAGAAUGCCCUGAAGAAUGGUGAAUAUGUUGAGUCUGAUAACAAGGAUUAUAGUGGCUUUGGAACAAAACGAAAAAGCAAAAAGAAGAAUAGAAGCAGGAAGAAGAGUAAUGUACAUCUGGAUAGAAGGUGGUUGGUUGGUGAUGUGUGCAAUGCAGUGUGGACCGAAGAUGGCAACAUGUACCCAGCUAUUAUUCAGUCAGUUAAUGAAAAGCAAAGCACAUGCAUUGUGAUGUACACUGGGUAUGGAAACCAGGAAGAACAGAAUCUGUCUGAUUUGAUACCUGUUGACAGCUCUGAGGCAGAGAGUGAGGGACUAAAAGAGAAUGAUGGGGCGGACCGUCAGUCCACAGAAGAGAGUGAAACAGCAUCAUCUACAGAUAGAUGUCCUCAAAAGGAAGCUAAAUUCAGACCAUCAGCACCUCAACCUAACUGGACCAGAGAACCCAAAAAACAUCCCCCUAAACCAUCUCAAAUACCAGGGUUUGGCUCUCCUGAUGCCAAGUUUGGCCCACCUCCUUUCUUGCCUGGAUGCCUACCAACAAUUCCUGGAGGACCACCGUUAAUUCCUCCUCCACCGCCAAUGGGCCCAGAUUCAGUUGAUGAGGAUGAUGAGGCUUUAGGAAGCAUGUUAAUAGCAUGGUACAUGAGUGGCUAUCACACUGGUUAUUAUUUGGGUCUUAAACAAGGCCGAGCAGAAGAGGCCUUGGGGAAAAGUUCUCAUCGUAAGUAAACAAGUGGGCUCUGAGAGUUUGUUAGAAUGGUGGAUCUUUAUCUCCCAAGGAGAGAGUGUAACAAUUUUGAUACAGAUAAAGUGAAGUAGAAUGUCAAAUCUGUACGAAUAAACCAUUAGUGUGUUCUUGAGAAUUCUUUGUAUUGACUAAAUACUUUUUAUCAACUUGUGAAUAAAAUUUUUUUUCUGUUUUGA